CAGCUAUUAUUUCGUACAUACAGCAUAUCUUUUGGAUAGUUAUGAAAGCACUUCAAAAGGAUGGCUACUAUUGAUGCAGAAAUUAGUAAGAAGAAAAAUAAUUUCUUAGCUGCAUAUCACAUUUUAAAAUUUUCAAAAAAUGACAAGGAUGAUACAGAGAUUGUAGACAUUGAACGCAGAUGUUUUGCUAUAAAAUAUUUAACAGCAAAGCAAUCUGAAUCAGAAGACAUGGCAGCUUGUUUGCUCAAAAAAAGCUUAGAAGAUUAUCAAAGUUUAAUGGAAAAUAGAAAUGGUGUAAAUAAUUAUUGGAAACAAUUUAAGUUACAAACAUCAAAAACCAGUAAUAAUCCACAAAAAUGGAAAUCAGGAUUACAUGAUACAGAUUUGGCACUAAAUUUUAUAAAACCUUUACCUUGUCAAGAUCAUAAUACCAUGCCAUGUCAUGAAAAAUUAUUUAGUGACAGACAUAUAGAGAAUAUUAUAAAUAUAUGGAAAAACAAAGAGACAAUAAUACGUAAAAGAAAAGUCAGUAUUCAGUCAAAACCAAAUAUUAGCCAGAAUUCAAAUAUAAAUAGUAAUGGAAGAGUUGAAGAUAAUAGACAGUGUGAGAUGGAUAAAUCUUCAUUUUCAUCCAAUAGUUCUGCAGAUGAAAGUAAUAAUACACAUACAAGUUAUAUUAAACAACAGAUAUCUAAAUCUUACUCUCUAAAUCAAGAAAAUCAAAGUUGUACAAGACAAAGACCUGUUAAAUUUGAACCUAAAUCACAUUUUAAAUUUGCAAGAGAAGAUUCAUUUAAAGCAACUAAAAAUAAUCAAGAACCAGGGAAUUUUCAUAGAAAUAAUGUUAAGUUGAAAUCACAAGUUUCUGUUCCGUAUCAUGAAGAAAAUUCUAAUGUUGCUAAACCUAAAACCAGUUUUUUCAAAACUGCUAGGGAUGAACUAAGUGUACAGCAAAUGAAAUCUAAUAAAUCAGUACAGAAAAAGACUUUGGGUGGAAAGACAACAAUUAAUUCUCAAUUUGUUUGUCCAUUUAAACAGGAAAAGGAAAAAGCACAUGAAAACAUAUAUAACAAUGAAAUUGAUACAAUAGAAAUAGAAGAUGAAAGAUUAAAAAAUGUAGAUCCAAAAAUGGUUGAAUUAAUAAAGAAUGAGAUAAUGGAUUCAAAAACGACUAUAUGUUGGGAUGAUAUAGCAGGUCUAGAAUACGCAAAGAAAAUCAUAAAGGAAGUAGUUGUUUAUCCUAUGUUACGACCUGAUAUUUUCACUGGUUUGCGUAGACCACCUAAAGGAAUUUUAUUAUUUGGUCCACCAGGCACAGGAAAAACACUUAUAGGUAAAUGCAUAGCAUCCCAAAGCAAGUCAACGUUUUUUUCGAUAUCUGCAAGCUCUUUAACAUCAAAAUGGAUAGGUGAGGGAGAAAAAAUGGUUAGAGCAUUAUUUGCUGUUGCUAGAGUUUAUCAGCCAUCAGUGAUUUUUGUAGAUGAAAUAGACUCAUUACUCACUCAGCGAUCCGAAACUGAACACGAAAGCUCUAGAAGAUUAAAAACUGAAUUCUUAGUGCAAUUGGAUGGAGCUGCAACUGCAGACGAAGACCGCAUUUUAAUCGUAGGAGCAACAAAUAGACCACACGAACUUGACGAGGCAGCACGUAGACGACUUGUUAAAAGACUUUACGUUCCUUUGCCAGAGUUUCAAGCUCGUAAACAAAUUAUAAAUAAUUUGUUAAUAACUGUUCAACAUAAUCUUACUGAAAAUGAUGUAGAUAAUGUAGCUGAACAAUCAAAAGGAUAUUCUGGAGCCGAUAUGUCGAAUUUAUGUAAAGAAGCUAGCAUGGGUCCUAUUAGAAGUAUUCCAUUCAGUCAGUUAGAAAAUAUUAGAAAAGAAGAUGUCAGACAAGUAACAGUUGAUGAUUUUAAGGAAGCACUAAUACAUGUACGUCCUAGUGUCUCAGAAUCAAGUCUAACAACUUAUGUUGAAUGGGAUAGUAUAUAUGGAACUGGAACAGCACAACAUUAUAAAGCAUAA